UGAGUAGCUUGGCAGACCCCUCAAGACGGCAUAACGUCCGAUGGUUGUCCCCUCUCAUCUCGUCGCUUGGGUCACCACCAGCGCAAGACACAUGUGACGAGAAUGGGAAGGGCGACGAAGAUCACAUAUUACGGCCCGUGUCCGGAGCCCAAGUCUCUCAACUCAUCUACCACAUCUUGUAGUCUGUCGUCGAGCUAGGCUAGCAGUCCUUUAAGCUUCAAGAGAAGAGAACGGCGUUCGCGAAGACUCCCCCAAAGCUAGUUGACCGCCAUGAGGUUUUCGCAGCUAUUCGUCGCGGCUUUGGUGCCGGUCAGCAUCGUCGCUGACACGGCGCCGGGCGCCGCACCGGCACAAGAACUGGAUCUCGAUGCUCUCCUGGAGAGGCACAACCUAGCACUAGUUCCGCGGUCAGACCUCACCGACGCGCUGACCGAGCUCAACGGCCUGCUCCGGAAGAACCAAGCUCAGCAGCAGAGAGUCCCCCUCUAUCCUCGGCAGAGUAAAACCGACAAUAAUUCCGAAUCUGAGACCGUCUCCACGCAAGACCUUGGCCUCGAGCUUCCGGGGCUCGGAGAAUUCAACAAGGCCUUGGAAAGCCUGACGAAGAUCGUCACGCAGUUUGGCGACCUCGCCGGGUAUUUGGAAGCGGCCCAGCAACUACUCACCACUGACUUCUUCCAAGCCGUAUACGAUGUCGCGAUAUUUCUGGCGGCGGUGCUCCAGCCGCCGGUCCCGACGAUCACCCGGGCUAUCCUAUCCAAGUUAGAGCCGCUCGUCGAUCUUCUCGCCUCCUUAGACUUUAAGGGUUUCCUCGAUCUUUUUGACGGCAUCGACUUCAAGGGCAUCUUCGAUGCUCUUAAGCCGCUCUUUGGGUCCGACGCGAUAAACGGCUUCGUGCUCUUGGUGAAGAAUGCUGUGGACCUUCUGACCUCCGACGUCGUCAAGGCGCUCAAGAGGCUACUUGGCCUCUCGGUGCCGCUCGCCGAAGGCCUGAUAGACAUCAACAUGCAAGGAAUGGUGGACGCCCUCAAGCCGCUCCUCACUCCCGUGUCCGUGCGGAAAAUGGUCAGCGUCGUGGAGAAUUCUGGCACCCUCCUAACACCGGAUUUUGUCGACCAGACCAAGUCUCUCCUCUCGACAGCGGGUCCGUUACUUCAGGGCCUGGACAGCAUCGACGUGCAAGGCCUCAGCUACGGGUUCCAGCCCCUACUCGAUACUUUUGGAAAGGUCGACCUCCCGGGUGUCCUGCUAGCCGUCGAGCCUCUGCUUACUCCGGAGUCAGUGGGAGGGAUCGUCGGGCUGCUAAGCAGCGCCGAGGCCCUGCUAACCAACGAAUUCGUAGGCGAGUCCAAGGCGUUAAUGUCUAGCGCCGCGCCUUUGAUAUCCGCGAUUGGGGACAUCAACUUCGCAGAUCUCUGGAACAGACUACUGCCGCUAUUCAAUGCUAUAACCGCGAUCGACCUACCAGCCCUCCUCGCGCAGUUUAUGGCCCUCUUCGAGGCCAUCGGCAAGAUCGACUUCAUCGGCCUCAUUUCGAAGAUUGCGCCCAUCAUCGAGGCCAUAACCCAGUGGGACAUCAUCGGAUUUUUCAGCCAGAUCGGCCCGCUGAUCGAAGAGCUGAGAAAGAUCGACAUCACCACCCUUGUCAACAUAGUGAAGGCGAUCGCCGCCUUGUUCUCGCAGGUCGACUUCGGCGUUCUGGUCGAGGUCAUGAAGAUCUUUAUGGACUUGCUCGGGCAGAUAGACCUCCCCGGCCUCGCAGGCCAGAUGGGGCCCCUGCUCACGCCAGCGUCGCUCGGCGGGCUUGUCGGGCUCGUCAGCAACGCUGAGGCGCUACUCACGAGCGAGUUUGUCAACGAGACACGCACUCUCAUCGGAGGAGCGGUGCCGCUGCUGAAAGCGCUCGGCGGAGUCGACCUAGCCAAGCUUGUCGACCGGGCAGAGCCGGUGCUCGCCACGCUCGCCCAGAUCGAUCUCCAGGGCAUCACCGAGCAGAUCACGCCCCUGAUCACGCCGUCGACGGCCAAGGCCAUCCUGACGCUGCUCACCAACGCUGAGAGCCUGCUCACGGCGGGAUUUGUCACGCAGACGACGGAGCUGAUAGGUGACGCAACACCGGUGAGUUCUUUCCCCCCUUCUCCUCCGCAUUUUCGAGUCCAACGCCCCCAUUUCCUGGUCCCAUCCCGAACUAUUUCAAAUUUGCAUAGAGGAAGGCUGUCCACUAACACCUGAUUUAGAUCCUGGCGACGCUCUCGGAAUUCAUCACCGCUAUCCUGCAGGCACUGCUGGGAAACAAGAACAACUGAGAAGCCUCGUCAACGUGCUGUGUGAUAUUGUUGUAAAGUAAGCUGUGAGGGGUUAUGGGGACGGCGGGAUGUAUGUAGCAGAUAAUGGGCGGUAGCCGGGUAUUAAUAAAUGGCACUACAACCAGAUAUAUUAGAAUGCACGACCUUGAUUAACUCCUCUAUUCAGCGUG